AAAGCCGGUCCCGGCUGCCUGCAGCAUCGCCGCGCUGCCCGAGAGCCCCGUGUCUCGGCAGCUGUGCGCGGGCUUUCCGUACCUCUGGCCCCGAGUAUCUGUGGGGUUUACGUGUGUGACGCCGUCUCGCCUGCAGCAAGGGUCCCUCGCUUGCUCCACUAGCCCAGCUGCUGCCGCUCAGCCGGCGGGAGACGCGCGCGCUCCAGAGCAUGGAGCAGACCGAGGUGCUGAAGCCGCGGACCCUGGCUGACCUCGUCCACAUCCUGCACCAGCUCUUCGCGGGCGACGAGGUCAACGUGGAGGAGGUGCAUGCCGUCCUGGAAGCCUACGACAGCGACCCUGCCGAGUGGGCGGUGUACGCCAAGUUCGAUCAGUACAGGUAUACCCGAAAUCUUGUGGAUCAAGGAAAUGGGAAAUUUAACCUGAUGAUUCUGUGUUGGGGUGAAGGACAUGGCAGCAGUAUUCAUGAUCACACGGAUUCCCACUGCUUUCUGAAAAUGCUUCAAGGAAAUCUAAAGGAGACAUUAUUUGCCUGGCCUGACAAAAAAUCCAAUGAGAUGACCAAGAAGUCUGAAAGAACCUUGAGAGAAAACCAGUGUGCCUACAUCAAUGAUUCCAUUGGCUUACAUCGAGUAGAGAAUAUCAGCCAUACAGAACCUGCCGUGAGCCUUCACCUUUACAGUCCACCUUUUGAUACAUGCCAUGCUUUUGAUCAAAGAACAGGACAUAAAAACAAAGUCACCAUGACAUUCCACAGCAAAUUUGGGAUCAGGACUCCAUUUCCAACUUCAGGUUCACUGGAGAACAAUUAAGAAGCACCAACUCUGCAGUUUUUUGCUAUAAGGUCUGCUGAAUGUUUGCCUUGGACCAGAAGGCCUUCCACUGUUUGAUGUCCAGUAAUACACAUAAAUAAGCCAAUACUUAGAUCUACUGUAAGACAGAUACUAAUGAUAAGGCAUUAAUAAGCAAAUAAUGCCCUGAGCUACUGCAAAAAAAAAAAUACCAUUAAAAAGUCUUGAAAUUUUAAAGGCCAAAUCAAGUGCUCUUCUGGUUCUAUCCUUUAAUUCCACUGCAACCAUACUGGGAGCUUCAAGGAGGUUUUUAUUUUGUUUUGUUUUGUUUUUUUAACCUUUUGGAAAUACUUUAGUCUCUGAACUGUAAUUAGCAGUAAGUAUAAACAAGAAUCCAGAUAUCAACUGUCUGCUCUAUUAUCUGGAGGACUAAAUGUAGAUGUUUUUAAUAUACUUUGUAUGCUCUUAAUAUUUGAAGAGAAUUUUUGGAUUUUGGAUUUUAUUUUUUCAAUAUUUUACAAAUUCCUUUUCUAUGGGUAAUAGAGAAACUUAAGGCAAUUUUUCUCUUGGUAAUGAGCUGAAAGGCAGGGAAUUUACUUUAAAAUAUAAUGUACUCAAACCUACAGUAAACCAAAACAAGCCCAUGUCUAAUGCGUCCUAUGGUCGUAGACCUUUGUACUGCUCCCGGAAUUGCCAAAUAAUUUUAAUAAAAUUUGAUUUGAACUCAA